AUGUUAACCUUAAUUAUUUCUACGCUUAUUUCUGCUUUAAUUGUGGAAGUAUUUCGUUUUUUGAAUAAAAAAAGGAAGCCGGCAAUAUUUGGUAUUUAUCAACAGAAGAACAAACUUUUUUGGCCAAAAUUCAUAUUUAUGUAUACAAUUUUGCGCGUUAGACAAUUCUUGAAGUAUUUGAAACGCGAACAUGCCGUUGAGGUUGGCAAAAGUGGAGACGGAAACAUUCGUGUGCAUGAAGAAGAUAAAAAAUUGGAACAGAAGUAUUGUCUCGGCAGUAAUCCGUUAGCAAUAGACGCGGUUUAUUUCAACGGAAUGUCGCGAGAAGGCGAUGCUGUGAUUUGUGGAGUUGCUAGAAGACCUCAAAAUAUCUGUGAUGCAUUUCUAUACUUGAAAUUAAAUAGUGAAGAGCUUCUUCUAUCGCCAAAUUUGCCAGAUACUUGCUUGAAACAAACUGAAUCAGAAGGAGGCGAAUAUAAAGUAAAUGGAAUAGAAGUUCACAAUUUCAUACCAAUGCGAACUUGGAAACUGACUUACAAUGGAUCUAUGAAACAAAAAAGCUAUCCUGAAGAUUACCUAACUGUUGAACUAUCUCUAACAUGGAGUGCACAAUGGCCUCAUUUCAAUUAUGACUCACAUAUGGCGCCAUACAGUAUGGCUACCGACAUGGCGAGGGAAUCGUGGUCGCAGGAUUAUUUUAAACUGCUAAAAAAGUUGCAUCAAACACAUUACGAACAAAUGGGCGUAAUUACAGGGAUUGUAAAAGUUGACGGUAAACAAUACGAACUGAAUAUGCCCGCAGUUAGAGAUCAUAGCUUUGGACCAUUUCGCGACUGGCGCACGUUCCAUCGAUACGUCUACCAUUUUAUAUUUCUUGAUAACGGCGACUGUAUGGCCAUAGGAAGUGUUUCACAGCCGGCUAUUCUGUCUCAUCUCACAAUUGGGUACUAUUGCCGUAAGUCAGAUCAAGCUGUCUUCCCUGUUGAAUGGUGUGACUUCCAGCUGUACCAACACGGAGAAAUGCAGACUUUGCCUAAGGAUUACGGAUUUAUGUUCAAAGCCGGAGGUGAUAUUUACACGGUGAAGGUCCAAGUUGACGACGAAGACGUAUUUUACAUCGGAAAAGAGAGAACGUCAAAGUUUUACGAGAGAUGGUCUACAGUCGAUAUUAAUGGGGUUAAGGGACGAGCCUGUGUUGAAUGGCAAUAUAAUAAUGUUUUAAAUGUGACGAAUAAAUUGUAA